AUGGGCGCCGGUGCCGAGCUGGACGCCUUCGACGCCGGCCGCUGCGCGGACGGGUACGCGUUGGGCCUCGCCGUGGGCCAGCGGUUCUCCGAGGUCAUCAGGAGCAGGAUGCGGCAGGACCUCGUGCUCCGGGAGCAGCUGCUGCCGUUCGCGUCGACGGCGGAGGCGCAGCCACUGCUCGCCGCGCUCCAGUCCGCCAACAGGGAGGGGUACCCGCGGUACUGGGACGAGCUGGUGGGCACCGCCGACGGCAGCGGGGUCCCGCUCCUCCACGUCAUCCUGGUCAACUUCAGGAAGGAGGUCCUGCCGUUCAUCCCGAAGGACCCGAAGGAGGGAGGCGAUUGCGCCCGGAAAGAGGAGGAGGAGGAGGAGGCCGACGGCGACUGCUCCGACGUCCUCAUUGUCAGCGACUCCACGGCGAUCGCCGCGCACAACGAGGACGGGAACGUUGCGCUGCUCGGCCACACGUACAUCGUGCGGGCCACGCUGCCGGACGGCGCGUCCUUCACCGCCUACACCUACGCCGGCGAGCUCCCGAGCUGCGCCUUCGGGUUCAACACCAACGGCGUGGCCUUCACGCUCAACUCGGUUCCUCCGGUGAACGACGAGAUCGUCGCGGGCACCAUUGCCCGGAACUUCGUGUCCCGGGACCUGCUAGAAGCGAAGAACCUCGAGGAUGCAAUGCACAGGGUCUGUUCACCGUUCGUCUCAGUCGGCCACAGCUACAACCUGAUGGACGUCAGAGGCCGGAGGAUCGUCAACGUCGAGACUGCCUCCAGGAACCGGUUCGCUGUCCGCGAGGCCAGCGCCGUGCCGUUCUUCCACGCCAACAUGUACCGGCACCUCCAAGUUAAGCAGGUGCAGGACGAGAACUCCAUGAGCAGGGAGAAGAGAGCUGCACAGUGUUCAGUGGACUCCAAAGGGACGGCGCUUUCGCUACUGGGAGAUACAGCUGAUGAGAAGUACCCAAUCUAUAUGACAGGUCCGGUAUUGUACACUCUGUGCACUGUUUUGGUUGACCUCGACGAGGCAACCAUGACCAUAUACAAAGGAAACCCGAAGAAUGGAGAUGCAGCUCAUGUUCUUCGGAUGUUGUGA